AUGGCAGAGGUCCUUGGUAUUGUCACCGGCAGCAUUGCUCUUCUUGAGGUCGCCGGUCGUCUCGGCGGCCGCGUCCUCAAGCUCAAGCAGCUGUUUGAUGAGCUCAAGGAGGUGCCAGAUACCAUCCGCAGCCUGAUGGAGCAGGUGGCGGUCGUCGAGCCGAUUCGCCUCAAGUCGUCGAAGUGGAAGAAGAAGACGAGGUCGUCGACGAAGAAGGCGUCGUGCUUCUACAGAGGGCUCGUCCUCGCAAGCCAGCACAAAGCUUACCGCGCCUCCAUCGCCCCUCCAAAAUGGCUCGUUGGGAGAUGCUGGGAUUUCUGCCUCUCCAAUGCCAGUAACGGAUGGGACUUUGGGUUGAGAACCUACCAAGUUGUGGACUAUCGAUCGGACGUUUUCCAGUGUAUCGACUACGACGAUGUCCUUGGCCUACAACGAUUAUUUGAGGCGCGUGCCGCAUCGCCCUUCUCUGUUGACUAG